UCUCAUAUUGGUGAUGAUUGUCAAGUGACACCUGUGAUACACGUCCUACAAUAUCCAGGUUGUGUCCCAAAGCCAAUACCAUCAUUUGCAUGUGUUGGUCGAUGUGCCAGUUAUCUUCAGGUUUCCGGAAGUAAGAUUUGGCAAAUGGAACGGUCGUGCAUGUGUUGUCAGGAAUCUGGAGAACGUGAAGCUGCAGUUUCAUUAUUUUGUCCCAAAGCUAAAAAUGGAGAGAGAAAAUUUAAGAAGGUUCUUACAAAAGCUCCUCUAGAGUGUAUGUGUCGGCCAUGUUCAUCAGUUGAAGAGUCGGGAAUUGUUCCACAAGAAAUAGCUGGAUAUUCAGAUGAAGGCCCUCUCAAUAAUCAUUUUAGACGGACAAAUUUCCAAUAAGUUUGAAAUUAGUGAAAAGACACCUUAAAAUAAUUCUUUUAGUUUUUGCUAACCGAAAAUGA